AUGUUCUUCCUCUCGAUUGCGAUGUCGAGUCCGUUCGGUGAGCCUUCCCCAGGCAUAGACCUCAAAGAAAACCACACGCCCAGAAACAAUGCCACGGUCAUCGCAUUGUACAUUCUCGCGAUCAUUGCUAUUUUAUUGCGAAUCAUCGCAAGGCUGAAAGUGCAGCAUGCCAAUGUCCUGGUGGAUGACUGGUUGAUUGGCACAGCACUUAUACCCGUCACGGCGAAUCUAGUCUGCACCAUUAUGGGGGGCUACUAUGGCCUGGGGAAGCAUGUUUGGGUGGUCGAGUUGGACGAUGUGAUCAUCGUGAUGCAGCUUCUGUUUGCAUAUGUCCUCAUCUAUGUUGUCGCGAUCCCACUCAUCAAGCUCUCCAUCAUCUUGUUCUAUCGCCGUAUCUUUGGCAUGAACUGGGUGAUGUGGGUUUGUGUUUUCCUGACUGUCGGCUACUGGUUCUCGUGCACUAUUGCAUUCCUUGUCUGUUGCCGGCCAUUAUCCUAUUACUGGACGCAGUUUCGGGACCCCAGCGGGGGCAGAUGUAUCUUCAACCUCUACCCUUUCUACAUCGGCAACGCGGCGGCCAACGUGGCCACGGAUGGUAUAAUCCUUAUGGUCCCCAUCCCUCUGGUCUGGAAACUUCAGAUGCGAACUGCACAGAAGAUCCUGGUGUCCGGUAUCUUCCUGUUGGGGGGCUUCGUGUGCGUCGCGAGCAUCGUCCGAAUCUAUUUCAUGACCUUCCUCAGCAGAUCUCUCGACAUCACCUGGAUCAUGGGCGACGUAUUCAUCUGGUCCAGCGUGGAACCAUGCAUCGGCAUUGUCUGCGCCUGUCUGCCAACCUUGCAGCCUCUUCUCAGAUCGACUCUCAAGAGCAUCUUCGGGUCUUCUCGGAUAGCAGGCAAGUUUGGCGCGAGCUCGUCUCAAGAGGUUGAGCUCGAUCGUAAACGACGAAACCAGCGUAUCUCAGGCGGUCAUAGGAAACAUCGUCUCUUCCGCUCCCUUGACGACAGCCAGCGCAAAAGCAAUGAUCAACGUUUGAUUCUCCGUCCUGAAGAGGACGAAGCAAUCUUGACGACGAACUCGGAGGCAGUUGAAGGGGAUAAUUUUGCGGGAGGCCAAGGCAGCCACAGGGAGAGAAAGGAUAAAAGCUCCAUGUCGAUCCGAGUGCAUCGGGAUUUUCAGUGGCAAGAAGAGCAUGCUGGCCGAUGA